AUGAUAUCUAGCUCUCCAAAAUCGAGAUCUCCUGUUUCUGGUAAUACUACUCUAAAACUCUGUACUACAGUACAACAACAAUCUAAUACUCAAGAUUACAUUGUUCUUCCAGCAAAAGUACAAAUUGGUGGUGUUAAUAUGCAAUUAAAUUUACAAAUAGAUCAGAAGACCCUUGAAACUGCAUCUAAUAAUAUUUCUAAAGCCUCAGAAGAAGUUGUUUCUUCAACUGGUUGUGGUGCCGAUUCACACAAUAAAUAUUCGCGACCUACAACAACUACUUUAAACAUUACAUCUCAAGAAGAGGACCAGGAAUCGAUAGUUGUUGAAACAUCUCCUGAUUGUAUGAUGUUACCUACUCCGUCUUCUUGUACUGUAUCUAAUAAAGAUGAUAAACAAUUUCAAGCAAAUAUAAUAUCUUCAACUUCUCAAAAUGGCUAUAAUAAUAAGUCAAAACCAUAUGAUGCAGUAGUCGAGACAAAAAUGAUAUCUGAGGAUAUUGUAAGUAGCAACAUGAAUGAGGAUCUCAUAUCUGAUGGUAAAAGUACACCAACUUCUAAAAGUUGGUGUUCUCCAACUUCAACUUUGUCGCAGAGUAAUGACAAUCUACUUCAAAGUAGUAUUGAUAAUCAACCAUGUAGUAGCAUUAUUAUAGAAGCACCAACACAAUCUCAGAUACCUGCAUCCAAUACUAAAAAAAGAAUUAGAAAAAAUGAGCCUUCUGUAUAUUGUGAAUUCAUUGAUGUUAAAAAAGGCCAAUGCAAACAAAGAGCCAUUUGCUCAUUCAAAUUUUGUAUACGUCAUAUCUUGUCAGACCCUUCUGCUCCUUAUAAACAGUGCCAACAUAUUAAAAAACCAAAGAAUAAAAAAGGAGAAUCUGAACAAUGUACAAAUGCUAUUAGAAGUGAUAAAGAAGAAAUUUAUUGUUCAACACAUCUUAUUAUGAAUGGAUUAAUGGAACCUAGAAAGAAAAGUCUCCCAAAAGACUGUAAUGUUGUUGUUGGAAAUAAAGUACAAAAUAAAAAUCUUCAACCACAACAACCAUUGUUUGAAGAUCCAGAAAUGGGAAUGUCGCGAGAUGGUAAUAUGAGUACAAUUUCGGCAUCAGCAUACGAUGAAACUUCUUCUAUUAGUGGAUGUUGUUAUAUUCAAGAUGGUGAAUAUUUAGUUGAAGAACCACAACAUGUCAAUAAUAAUAAUCAGACUCGUUCCUACAGUAGUAAUACGCAACAUAAUGAAUAUUUAAUGUCUGGAAGUGGAAAUUCUCAAACAAUUGUCAUGACUUCAGGGAACGGUUAUAAUCAUAUAAGUGAUGGUUAUCAUUCAGUUGAUAAUUCAUUAGACGGUAUGAUGGUUACUAAUGAUUACCAACAACAUCAUCAUCAUCAUAAUAAUCCUCCUCAUCAUCCUCCACAACCUUCUCAUCAUCAUCCACAGCAACAUACAUCACCUUGGUCUUCUGGAAAUUCAACAACCCCUGUAAGUACUUUUCAUUCUUAUGAAGGAAAUAAUGGGCAAUAUAUUGUAAAUAAUAAUAUUCCUCCUUCUCAACAUAGUGGAAAUAAUUAUCAAAAUAGUAAUAAUAAUUCCCAGGUACAAUCUCAUCGUUAUACUUCUUCAAAUCAUCAACAACAGCAGCAACAGGCACAGCAUAUUAUAAUUAAUGGUAGAGAAGAUUCUGAUCGUAGAUUUAUUCAACCUCCACCAAUGUCAAAUAAUUCAUAUGCAAACGGGCCUUGUAGUGUAAGUGGUGGAAAAGAUACUACUUCACCACAACCAAUUCAUAAACAUUUACUGUCACCAGGAAACCCAGUGUCGCCUUAUACUUCAGCAACAAUUACUCCAUCUCCUCAUUCACAACAACAAUCUCCGACAACAACAGCAUCUUCUAUCACCGGAACAACUCAUCGUCGUGAGCAUAAUUUAGUAUCUGUUUCAUCAUAUACCAAACAAAAACCUUUACCAAAUAAUCAGUCAAAAGUUAUGACAAAGCAUCCUCAGUUAGCGGCAAAGUUACUUCAGAUGCCGUCAUCAAGGCCAACUUCUACUACCUCUGGUGUUGGUUUAACAACAACAAUAACAACAACGAAUAGUAAUAAUCAGGGAAUAAGAGGACCAUCAACAACAACUAUUUUACGUCAAGAGGUUUUACCACAAGCUAUAAGAAAGGGACCUACUACAACAUUAAAUCAAUCAUUAUUAUCAUUAACAACAAAAAAUUCUAUAAAAUUUAAUUCAACUAAUAUUCCAUUAGGAUUACCUUAUGGUGCUUUACCAAUAGAUCCAAAUGCUUUUAAGCCUCAACCUAGAGUAUAUGAUAUUGAAGCAAUAGAAAAAAAUAUAGGAAUUGACGAAGAGGAACAAAUAAAUAAUGAUUAUUGUUGCGAAGAACCAAAAAGUAAACGAAGAAAAAUAAUAUAUUUAAAACAAAAAAGGCAAAGGAGAAGAAUUGGUGGAUUAUUUAGAAAAAUUAGAGAUGUCGAUGCUGUUUGUAACAUUAUAGAGGAUGUUGAUUUUGAUAAGACGGAUUUAUUUUCAUUAGGUCUUGAACCAUCAGAUUCAGAAGAAGAUGAUGAGUUUGAAAAUGUAGUUCCUCAAUUAUUUGGUGAAUGGAGUUCAUUUGCACAUUUUGAAUCACCAGAAAAAGAUUACUUCGGGAGUAUAGAAAUGUAUUUAUUAAAAAAAGAAAUGAGAUUAGAGAAACAUAAAUUAGUAAAAAGGGCACAAAUUUCAGUUAGCCUUUUAACUGCUUCAAAGAAUAAUUUAAAUUCUGUGGGAGCAGCUUUAAGAUGUAGAGAACUUAAUAAAAGAUAUAAAGAUUUAGAUGGAUAUUUUUGUACAUCAAUGAAAAGAUGUAUUUUUAGAGGUAAUUCAAAUAUUUCUACAGAUACUAUGAAUAGUGAGGAUGAUGAAAGUAAUAAUAAUUGUAGUAAUAUUUGUGGUAGGAAAACUGUUCCAUACUCAACAUAUUGUUCUCUACAUAUAACAAAUGGUCAACAAAUUCAAAAUAUGUACAGUAAAUGUAAAGAUUUAAAUUGUAUUACAAAUGUUUCUAUGGGAGAUUCAUUAUUAACAGAAGGUUAUUGUAGAAAUCAUUAUGAACUUCAUUUGAAACAAGAUGAAAUAAAUAUUAAAAAUGAAAUUCAACCAGUUCAAUAUAAUUCUCAUCCAUCAAAUGUUAUAUAUACACCAUCAAAUCAUCAAUAUGGAUAUGGAGGUGUUGAAGUUCGUGAUAUUUCUUCUAUUACAAAAUCAUCAUCACAACAUCAACAAUCACAACCUCCAACAACGGCAGAUCAUGGUAUUAUUAUGCAUCAAUCAUCAUCAUCUAUUGGUAUGAUGAUGAGUGGCAGUAGUAGUAGUAGUAUAUCAUUGAAUAAUAAUAACUCACAAGGAUCAACAACAACAACAAGUUACCAAGAUAUAAUUAUUUCACCUCAAAAUAAUUCAUAUAAUUCAUCAAAUCCAAUAAUUGAUCAGAUACAGGAUUCUCUGCAGGCAGGUGAUCCAGAUGCUAGUCUUGAAGCAGCAGUUAGAGACUUAGGUUUUGAUCAAAAUGAUAUGAAUGAUUUAUUUAACUACGAUGAUGAAUAUAAUAGGGAUUUGAUGGUUAAUAAUUCAUUAUUUCAAGAAACAGAGUUACCAGAUUUAUUAUUACCAACUUCGGGAGAUAACAAUACGUUGAAAGCAUUAGGUGAUAACUCAGACUUGGGGCAUAAUUGGGCAGAUGUGGAACAGUUUUUGUUAUCUGAGGGUCAUAACAUGAAUACAGGUUCAAGUGAUUACAUUCAUCAUCAUGUUAAUGGUCCAGGUCAACAAUUACAUUCGAUAGACAUGCAACACCAGCAACAAAAUUCAGAUGAUUCUUUUCAUAAUUUAGGAUAA